UGGUCCCUCUGUAUAUGUCAUCACGUUACUGUUAGAAUGAACCUCCCAUUGUUAUAGUUUGAACAUUCCAAUAAUUCAAUGAAAUGCAUCUGACUUUGUGUGUAUUUUGUAUUUUUAUUUGUGUGUUUUUGUCUUAUAAAUGAUCUCCCGCCUGGAGUCAUUUGGAGAUGUGGGUCUGGCAAGAUACCACAUCUCGGUUGAAAGAUGAGAACGGCUCCCAAGGUGGGCAGGACAGGGCAGGUAUGGCACUUUAUAGGGAGAGAGGAGUUGCUUUAGCUGCAAACGGGUUUCCCCCUCCCAAAUCUCUGCUGCACGGGUCCCGCGCCAGGGAGUUCGGCGUCGUGGCCCGGUCGGCCAUCCGCGCGUUCUUGGAAACAGCGUCAGAGAGCAGCUGAGAGAGGCUUAACAUUUCAAACGUCUGGCGGUAGGCUGCGAAGUUUCCACCCUGACAACACCGUCAUGUAGCGGCGGCUGCGGCAGGCUGCAGCGGGCUGAAGGAGUCAGUUGGUGGUGAAGUUGCGGCGCACGGCCUUUCCGAACUCUUAACGCGUCGUUUGAGUUUCUGUCUGAUGGACGUUGAUGUAUUUCACUCAGGAGAGGCUGUUUCAGUCAGUGCGUGUUGUGCUACAGGUGCAGCGGUGUUGGAAUCAAACGUUUUCCUGUGUUUCAGAUGCAUGCGUAAAACACAACCACCGUUGUUCCUGAUCAGCUCUUCUUAUUUUUUUUUACUAUUUUUUUGAAAAAGAACUUUUAGCAGACAAUAAAAUACAUGUUAAUGUAACUCUAUUUUGAUAAACAACCACCGCAAACACGUCUAUUUUGCUGUAUUUUGAGUUAAAAUCAUCUUUAGUCUUCUGCGUAAAAGUCACAGUGCAUCACGGAUUUAAAAGUGGGAUUCCGGUGGUUUUAGUCAUAGAUGACCUCUCAGCUGGAAGGAGGCCUGCGGCUGGAGACCACAGCAAAACUUUGUGUACUAAAAUCGGAGAAAGUCGUUGACGUGACAGGUCCUGACGGAUGCGCCGGGCAGCUCGUCUGCCGCGGGGACGGAGGAGAGAAUAAAGCGUCCCCGCCUCCAGAGCGCCAUCAGCAGCAGAGGCCACGCAAGAUGACCCGGAGCCCCAAGUGUGCCCGCUGUCGGAACCACGGCGUCGUCUCGUGUUUGAAAGGCCACAAACGCUUCUGCCGCUGGAGGGACUGUCGCUGUGCCUGCUGCCUGCUGGUGGUGGAGCGGCAGCGCGUCAUGGCCGCGCAGGUCGCGCUGAGGCGGCAGCAAGCUGCGGAGGUGAGGAGGGAGGAAGGGCAGGGCAAGAGGGGGGUCAGGUGUGCAGCCCCGUUGCGCAGGUCGGCGUAUCAGCGUUACAGCAGAGCAGCCGAGCCCAGCAUCCUGGCUAAGAGCAUCCUGCAGGGGCUCAAACCGGUGGUGCAGCUGGAGGACGACACCCCCUGCUGGCCAAAGCAGACACAGCGCGACCAGACGCAGCGCGACCAGGCGCACGUGACGUGUCCCUCCAUCAGCGCCCGGAUGAGGAAGAGGCGAGCCUUCGCAGACAAGGAGCUGGAGAACGUGAUGCUGGAGCGGGAGCUGAGACAGAGGGAGCUGCCGGGCGACCUCUCCUUCUCCUCCUCUGCCCUCGUCCCCGUGCUUCACCCGCCGCCCCUGCCUGUCUCCCCUAACCUCCACUGCUGCCUUCUCAACAAGGACCCCACAGCUGCAGCGAUGUCCAGUUACGUGCCUGUGUAUAAAUAUAAGCCUCUGUAUGAGUGUGACUUCCAGUUCUAUCAGUUCUUCCACCUAAAGAGCAGGUCGUCUGCAGAGGGCGACUACAAUGACCUCUUGUGCCAAAGCUCAGAGCAGGUCAGGGAGGAUGAGGAGGUGCAGAGCAGCUGGAGAGGCUGUGAGAGGAGAGAACGACCAGAGCUGAUACCUCCACCAUCACAACAACGACUCAAACAUCAUGGCAGCGCCUUGUCAGGUCUCCACCUUGUCAAAUCCCCGUCAGAACCAGCAGAAAUACUGGACUCAAAGGUCGACUCAACAGUCACAGGCUCUAUUUCUGGAACUGAUCAGGGUAUCCUGGGCGGGCCGGACGUCAGUGCACCCAGCAGGACUCUUGAUCCCAGACCUCUGACAGCUAAGGGCUGGAGUGCAGACACUCCUGUCGACCAGACAGGCGCUCAUGCCGGCUCCGUCAAGAGCCCCCACUGCAGCUCAGUCAGGACUCCUGCUGUGAGGCCAUUACCUUUCUCUGUAGAGGCUCUGCUGAGGGCCUGACAGGCAAAUGGAGAGCGCUAUGGUGCACUUUGUUUAUGGGCGGGCUAAGAAUUGAUGCUGAUUGAAUAAAUGUUAAGAAAAAAGUCUGGGUAUAUUACAGGUUUUCAAACACUUUAAUUGACAACGGCUGGUUUCUAAGUGGCACUGGGUGAAAUAUUUAUGAAAGGAAUAAUUACAAUCGUUGUAUUUUUUCUUAUUUUUCAUGAGAAUGUAUUCAACUACACCGUAUAUCUUGACCAUAAUUAAAACUAUAACAAUCAAACACUUAAAUGUCACGUUAUCACUAUAUUUUCAUUUUUAUAUCUGCUGUAUAUUGAACAUAUUUUCUAGAAAAGUACAAAAAAAAAAUGUAAUCCUUUUUUUAUAGACCUCUUUACGAAAUUUGGUGAAAAUAUACUCAACCAUUCCAUUUUGACCCUCUCACAUAAAUCUUAUUUUAUUGUCUUUUCCUGAAGAAAUACUCAGAGCAUCCAUAAAACAAAGUUGGUGAAACUUUCAAGUGGCGUUUGAACUUGUGCCCGUUUCUCACUUCAUGCUUUGAUUGUGUGUUGAUGUGUCUGGUUGAUCUCAGGCACUCGUUGUGUCAAAACAGACCAGGUGCUUGCUCGGAGAUCUCUCUUUUAUCACAUGAGAACUAAUGAGAAGGGGAGCAACCUGGGAUGAAGCAGGCAGUGACAGUUAAAAGGGCAAUUCACAUUGCCAAAAAAGUUACUGUAAUGAGACAGAAAGGGUUGACGGCACAAGAGACACACGUCUCUGACAUUUCUGCAUCUGUCCUCUUCUUCAUUUCGGGACGUUUGGAUCAAUUAUUUAUUGUUCUUUCAAAGCUCUAUCACUCACAUUUUGUCAGACUGCAGUCCAUCAUUUUGAUUGUGUUGCCUUAAACUCACAGAUCAUAUGGCAUACUGUUUAAUAUUUCAUGAAGUAUCAUUUUAUCACACCAACAGAAUGAGGGAAGAUGGGAAAUAUCCACCAAAGGGUGAAUGGGAGGGUGCCACGGUUGCCUAGGCGACAUUGUUCUUCAUUGUAUGCCGAGCCUGACGCCGGCCGAGUUUGUUUGAACACGCAUCUGAUCUAUAUCCACUUUUCUCUCCUUCUCUGUUUUUUUUUCUUCUUUCCGUGGAGUAAUCUCGCAAAGAUGGAGGUCAGAUACUUUUGACAACUGUGGACCUUGUGGCGUCAACACAGAGGUGAUAGCGUGUCUUUGUUUGCUGCUAUCUCGCACCAUAUCAGAAUGCCUUUCUCCCUUUUUUUUUUCUUUUCACGGACAGACAGAGAGGGGCGAUUGGCACAAAGGAAGGUGAGGAUGUGGGCCUGAAAGCGCUGAAUAUGUGCCAUUGUUUCGUUAUUUUACAUGCCAUUUGUGCAGAUUUUACAAUAUUAAAACCCUCUCCCUUGCAGAGACUGAAUUGCCAUUUUUACUGUGAUGAUAAAAAGAUAAGCAUCAGUCACAAAGGGGUGAUAAUGACUUCUGUGAGGAAUAACACAGAGGAUAUAAAUCAAUUUCCCCUCCAGCCAAGCUAGGGGAAAAGCUCAUUUAUCCAGUUCCCCUAUGUUUCAUUCUGGAGUGUCCUUAGUGUGUUGCGGCAUAACAGUUAGCAGCCCUGCUCUAAAAUGCCAUUCACGUUCCACCGUUCUUGUUAGGACCGUGCACGGGACAGACAGAUUAGCUUUAUUGUUCUGUGCUCUUUGCAAAAGGUUUGAUUCGAUCUGCAGUCCCCAGUUUAUUAACAUUUCCCUUUGUGGGCCAGGGGAGAGAGAAGGAGGACGUGUGAGGGGGUUAUUGGAUUCAGGCCGGUUUGCUGACAAAGCAUUUCCAACAGGUUAAAACAUGUUUUUGGAUUUGUAACAGCCACAGCCCUUCUUCUCCCUCGCCCUCCGCCUGUUGUCGCCCACCUGUGAUGCUCCCCGCUGUUCAUUCUCUCGUUGUGCCUCAUUUCCAUUUCAGCAGGAUUGAUUUCACCCCUGUUCAGGGUAGAAAAGCUUUGCUUUGGCGUUCCCCUGUAACUCUGAUCUUCAUAUUUUCAUCAUGCAGACUCUAUCGGCAGUGACUGGAAACACGGGAGGGAAUGAAGAGAGAGCUGGUGGGUG